GAUGCGUCCCCUGGUGCUCGCUGCAGAUAUCGAUCUUGCCGAUCAUCAAAAUCCAACAACGGACGCAGAUAUGUACGGGAACGCGACGCUUCACAAGAUGAGCUCAAAGUGCUGCAGGCAAAGAAAAAAUUUCGGUGCUCAACUUUCCCCGCAAAAUCUGGCACUUCCUGAUUCCGAAUUCGAGGCCCGCCCCUUGAUUUUCUAAAGCUUGGUAAAGACGUCAUUGCGGUGUCACUCUCGCGGCGCCACAGAAGUUCUGUUUACAUCAAAACCCAGGUGUUAGCUCACGGUCUCUUCACCUUCCCACGAUUUCGUAUUCAUUCUCCUAGCAGUUUCUCGUCCCGUGCACUCUGUCCCUUGUGCCUGUCUUCCACUCCUCGCCGUUUCGUGACGACGUCAUGUUCGCUUCAAGAAGCGCUCUUCGCGCCUCGCGCACCUUACGAGUCCCAAAGCGCCAAUUGCGCUGGCAAUCUACCAGUUCCGUCUCUCCGCCCACGAGCGGUGCCGUGAGCGGCGCCAUCGCUGGCGGCGCCACGGCCUUCCUGCUCGGCUACGCCUGGUACUGGUACUCAGGUGCCAAGACUGUGGUCAACACGGCCAAGGAGGCGCAAGAAUACAUGCGCUCAACGCAGGAGGAGUUCAAGCGGCAGUUUCAGGAAAAAGCUCCCAGUCCCAACGAGGCGAUGCGCUGGCUGCGCCAAGUGACGACGUACUACGCUGGUUUUCUGCCCGGUGCGAGCGGGUUUGUGAAUGCGACUUUUGACGACCUGGACAAGAUUCGCGAACGGCAUGGGGAUGAAGUGGACCAAAUCGUUAGAGAGGCAUAUGAAGAGCUCAAGAGCGUGGGGCAGAAGGGCGGAAUGGAUCUGAAAACGGCGCAGAAGGCUUGGGAGAUCCUCCAAAAACACGUGGAGAGGAUUGCCGAACUGGCAGGUGACGCAGCGGAAGAUAUUCUAGAGAAUCAUCCCAAACUUAAGAAAGCCGUGGGUGAAAACAUCCAGCUGCUGAAGCAGUAUAGUGAGGAAUAUGGACCUGAAGCGAAAAAGGCUUACGAGGAGACGAAGAAACAGGUCGGAGACAUUCUCAAGAACGGGCUAAGCGCCGACUCGGUGUCUAAGUUGCAGAAGCUCGCGGAAGAGAAAGUUGAGCAAGUCAAGAAGCUGGGCGACAAAGCCUGGCAGAAGAGCCUUGAUGAAGCUCGACCCCUGCUGGACAAGAAUCCUAAGGUCAAAGAACUUCUGGAAAGCAAUGCCAGCGCCCUCAAGCAAGGAAACAUCAAGGAGUUGUUCACCAAGAUCAGAGAGGCCGUCGAGAGCGGGUCGACAGAGGACCUAGAGAAGUAUGUGAACGAGGCGAAAGACAAGGUACAGAAGAGUACGGGUGGAGGGGUAGAGCAGUACCUACAGGCGAUACCAGGCGGCGAGCAGGUGUGGAACAAGUUGGGUCAGCUGCAGGAGGUUGCGGAGCAAAAGGGACCUGAAGCAGAGAAGCUGGUGCGGGAAACGCUGAAGGAGAUUGGCGAUGUUCUGUCGAGGAAAGCAGAGGAAGCCAAGAAGCUUGGAGAGGAUGUCAAGCAGGGGAAGUGAGAAAGGAUCAAUUUUGAGACAUGUGCAGCGGAGGGAUUCUGCAUCUAGGACUGGUUCGUUGAGACGGACCGCAGUUUGGGGGAGGAGCUUAUGGAGGGAGUAUUGGCUGUGAGACGACUAACCUGAUGUUAUCCCUGGCAUCUGUGGAUGCGAGAUGCAAUCGGCAUAUCUUGUACUGGAUCUGUAUGAAUGAUCCCCCAAAACGAGAAAUUUUAAUGCUGCCUCCUCGUCAGGCUGUUGAGUCAUGCCUCAAUUCGUCUUCGUGCACUGACGACUGAAUACAGUGUGUCUAAGCCUCUGCAUGGGAUGCUUCUUCAGCCUCACGAUGCCGCGUUGGAAGCAUGGUCCUAGUCCACC